CCUGGCGGAGCUGUUUCCUCUUCCGGGCCGAAGCUGUAGGAGGUCGAAGGUCGUGGAUGAGGGCGGUGUCAGCCAUGGCAGCUUCAGAGAGACCCGACGCCGAGGUAGAGGAGGCUGGCCAAGUCUAUCUCUUGAUGAAAAAAGAUUUCCGGAUUUCACGCAAUGUACGUCUUGCCUGGUUUCUGAACCGUUUGCACCAGGUUAUCUGUGCAGUGCCUGAAUCGGAAUUGGUGAGCAAUCCAAACCAUGUAAAAUCAGACAAUGAAUUGGAUGUUCUCAGCAUACUGCCCAUUAGUUGGCAACCUGACGAACCUGUACAGCCCAGACCAUAUCUCCUUGUGCCUUCUACUCAAGUCACUUUCUUUGCAUGUCAAUACCGUUUUGUGAUUGAACUGGAUUUGAGCCCUUCUACAGGGAUUGUGGAUGACUCUACAGGAGAGAUCAUUUUCGAUGAAGUGUUCUAUGCCCUCUCCCGAUGUUUAGUGGGGUUGUUAAGGCCCUUUCGAAUCCCAGGCUCAGACAUCCUCUUCCAACCUGAGAUUUUUGUCACUAUUCAAGCAUAUUCAUCCAUUAUUGGCUUACAGACACACCAGGUGCUGUUCCAGGGUUGUCUGCUGGAUAAGACCAAUACAGAGACCUUCCUGCAGCAAGUUUAUACACAAUUAUGCGUCUUUGAAAAUAAAGUAGCUGAGAUGCUCCGACAGCAGUAUGAGCCCAAAAGUCAGGUGGACUUGCCAUCUCUUAACCAAGAUCGUCUUUGUGACACCCAGGAAUCCUCAGGGAGGAAGUUGGGGGUCUCCAUGGUCACUGCUGAUGUCGGGCUGGUCAGCAUGAUCCGGCAGGGAAUCUUGGCGCUCCAAUUGCUGCCCUCAAAUUCCAGUGCAGGGAUUAUUGUGAUCACAGAUGGUGUCACCAGUGUCCCAGAUGUGGCUGUUUGUGAAACUCUGCUCAAUCAGCUGCGUAGUGGGACAGUGGCCUGUUCUUUUGUUCAGGUUGGAGGAGUCUAUUCUUAUGACUGCAGUUUUGGUCAUGUCCCUAAUGUGGAACUCAUGAAGUUCAUUGCCAUGGCAACAUUUGGCACAUAUCUUUCCACAUGUCCUGAGGUUGCACCUUCUUGUCUGGACUUGAAUGUUUACCACAAAGCUUUUCUUCUGUACUCGUUUCUGCGCAGUGGGGAAUCCCUGAAUCCAGAAUAUUAUUGUGUGUCCCAGCACAGACUUUUCAAUGAACACCUUGUUUCUGCAAGCAGCAACCCUGCACUGGCUAUGAGGCGGAAGAAACAUACAGAGAAAGAAGUGCAUGCUGACCUUAUCAGUAUAGUCUCUGUCCGGCUGCGGGAAGGAUAUAGUAUCCGUGAAGUCAAUAUCACAAAGGGAGGCACUCAGCUUGAAGUUAAGCUUGUCCUGCUGUGGAAGCAUAAUAUGAGAAUUGAGUAUCUGGCAGUGGCCCCGUGGCCUUUGGAUUCUUCAAAACGCAGCACGUGGGUAGAAGUGACUAUGGAGGGAAGCUAUGAUAUCUUGCAUGACAUCAGCUGCACAAUGCGUAAGCCCAUCACCAGCCUCUAUCGCACAACUGUGAUACGCCGCUUCUGGAACACCUUGCAAAGCAUCAAUCAAACUGACCAGAUGCUGGUUCAUCUUCAGUCAUUUGAUAGUGCCCCAGAACACUUCACCAUUCCAGAAAGCACUAGAAAUGGGGUGCCACUGUUCUACAUUCCUCCAGGAUCUACUACACCGGUCCUAUCUUUGCAGCAUAGCAGCUCGGACUCCUGCCACUCACAAUUUGCAGCCUAUUGGAAGCCUAUCCUGUCUAUGGAUGCCAACUUCUGGCAAAGAUGGUUGCACAUGCAUCGCAUUGUUAUUCUAUUGGAACAUGACAUGCCAGUGCCAAAACAUUUGCACACACCAGGCAACAAUGGCCGCUACAGCACAAUUCAGUGCCGCAUCUCACACUCAGCGCUGACCUCUUUGUUGCGUGACUGGAGUAGUUUUGUGCUGGUGGAAGGCUACUCCUAUGUCAAGCUCAUGCGCAGCUCUGAGGAUCAGCCCCCCUUUUCAUUUUAUGUGGUGCGCAUAAUUUCCAAAGCUCCCUGUAUGGUUCUUCGCCUGGGUUUCCCCAUUGGGACACUUGCAAAAGUCAGGAACAAAAUAGUUGAAGAAUUAAGAGAUCGUAUCCUGCAGCUACGUUUCCCACAUAGGGUACAAAGCAAAGAAGCAACUCCAAAAGUGAAGAGGAAGGUCAUUGGCAGCAGCUCGCCAUCAAAAUCUCCUCCUGUUCCUGGAGUCCAGCCAACACUUUCAGACAGACCUUGCCUUAUAGUGCUUCACAAGCCUCUGGAGAAGCUCCUCAUCAGAUAUGAAAAGCUUCCCUCUGAUUACUGUGUUCCUUGCCUCCUUCCCCUGGAGAAUCCUACAAUGUCAGGCUCUCUAACUGUGAUGGCCAACCGCACAGCUUCCUCCACUCUAGCCUCCUUGUCUCGCUACUUCUACCACCAGCGCUGGAUCUGGUGUGUGCAGUCAGGGCUGGUACCUGCAGUGCCCAUCACAGCUGUAGCGCAACUCCUGUCCACUCUCACAGAGGUUCGUCUGUCUGAGGGUUUCCAUUUUGCUUCCAGUGGUGAUGGGAUUAUCAACAUGGUGCUUGAGUUGCCCAUUAAGAGUGAUUCUUCAAGAGUGAGUGGCAGCGAAAAGCCCACCUGUAUUGUCCAAUAUGUGCUGUUCCCUCCACAUUCCACUUCAACUAAAGACAGUUUCUCCACAGAUGAUGACAAUGACACAGAGGUGGAGGCCAUUGAGGUGGACACAGAGUUGAAUAUUGUCACAGAGUGCUGGGUAGAGCCACAGAGUGGCUGUGUGGAUGGUGCACUGGACAUCUGGAGGCACUUUGAUGGCCUGCCUUACCGGAAAAUUCCCAAAGCGCUUUACCCUCGAGAUCUGUUGUGCAUCCAUACUAUGCUUGCUUUUGAAUAUAUCAGCCAGCUGUGCCAGAACAAGGACUGGGUCUUCCCUGCAUGUCCACGGCCUGCUGCUGCUGCUGAAGGUCGUGAUGCUGGAAGUGGCAACAGAGUGCAUGAAAUUCCUUUUCAUUUUGACCUAAUGAAGUUACUGCCCAGAUGUCAGCAGAUUGAAAUGUUUUUCCUGAUGCUGACAGGAGCAGAAGAGGAUGGGACCACAAAGGAAUCUUCUUUAUUGCCAAAUGAAAUGCUUCUUGGUCUAUUCCAUGGCUGUCUGCAGCAUGAUCUCAGUGACAGAGAGAUUACAUUAUCAGGCACAGAUCAUAUCACUUUUAUGGAGCAGGUGCUGAAGCGGGAUAGAGACGGCCAUCCACCCCCAUUUGUGCUCCCAGUAGUCCAAGAUUCCUCAAAGUCUUCCAUGUCCCCUGAAGGUCAAGAUCCAGCAAACAUUUAUAACACUGUUGGAAAGAAAGAUGCAAGUAUACACGUGGCUCCAGACACCUUAGAGACUUCAAGAGGUGAUACUGCACCAGCAUCUGAUACCAUCUUCCCUCAGUGGCGAUGUUAUGCCAAGCUGGUGAAUUCACAGCAUCUUUUCCUCAUCUUUCUGCCAGCUACAUUCCUAGACAUACCGAGAUUGCUGACUUAUGGACCAGAUAAACCUUCAAAGGAGACAGAACCAACACCUUCCCAAAGAGCACAACAACUGGAGACUGUGGGGUCACUUCCAACUGUCAGUGUCACACCAGCCAAUGGGAUUGGGCAGGAGAUGCAAGAUCUGGAUACUACACCAAGAAGAGAGGGGCGCAUAUCUUUUAGCCGUCAGGCAUCUCAGCCAGACUUGGGUGACAGUGUCCGCACCCGCUGCCCAGUCUUUGUGUACAGUUGUUCUAUGGAGUUGCUGCGGGAGCAGGUGACCAGCCCCAGGCCAGAUAAACCUCUGCGGGAUAUAUUUUUCAGAAGCCAGUCUGUAGAACGACCUGCCAGUGCUCCCUGGCUAGAUCCCAAGCACAAGGAUCUGGUGAGUUACUGCACCUUGCUGCAAGAACAUUCCCAUCAGUGCUAUGUGAAAGGACUGUUCAAGAGCCUGCAACAGGGUCACAAUAUCAGCUGCCCUGACCUGCUCAUAGCCAUGGAUUACUGUGAGGAGCUUCUGCAGGAGAUAGACAUCACUAGCUUCCUGCUUACUCUGUGUGACCAUGUGCGUUCAUUCUGUGAGCACCACCAGCACUCUCUCAACCAAUCGGAGGGAGAAGUGGUACAAACUUCCCAAACUCAGGGUGCCUCUGCUUCCAGUGCUGAGACAGAGGAGUCCAGUGAACCAGAUUCCCAGAUUCCUGCCUCCCCUUCUGAGGAGCCUGGCUGGAGUCGUUGUCCGGAGUUCCCUCUCCUACUGCUAGAUAGCAGCCAGCCCUGCCCAAGCCACACUGAUCUGCACAGGAUCAUCCAAGAGAAGUUCUUGGAGAUUGGCAGUUUACAUUUUAAACCAGUGCCAUCUAAUCCUCAUUAUUUCUUCUAUUGCCCUCCUUCUGCCAAAAAAGAGGAGGAGGCUUCACGGGACCAUGCAGAUGGGAAAGGCAAUGAAGACAUAGAAAGCUCAGAAACUGAUCUGGCACUUGAUGAAGGAAAUACAUCUGCCUGCUGCAUUGGUACUGAGAGUGACCCCGAACUGGAGGUAGAAUAUCGGGAUCGGUUGAACCAUGAAUUUCUAGAAACAGACUCUCUGUCGGAGUCCAACACUGUAAACCAGGAUGAGGACUCCUUCAGUGUCCUGGGAGAUUCUCUUGCAGAACAGGAGCUGCUAGAGCAAGAUAUGCCACCUCUCUUUAUGCAUUUGACCUGCUCUGUGAAGCUGCGCAGCCAACACAGUUCCAUGCCUGUUCGCUCGCUGCCCACCUGCCUUGGAGAGGUGCUGGGUUGCCUUGAGAACUGUAAGGCUCCCCAAACAAUUGAGCUCUCUGAUCUCUGUGUAACCUUGGACAUCUUUGUCCUUACCCUUUCUUUGGAGAUUGAAAUGGAGAAUGAUUUGCAUCACAAUAGAUAUACGUCCGAGAGCAGUGUCUCCUUCACCCGUUCCCCAGGUCGGCCAUCUUCCUUCCGCUCGGAUGAGGAGUUUAUGCAUAGCUUGGACAGGCUUCCCUUGGCAGUGGAUGAUGGGCACCCAGCACUCUCCAAUCUUCCUGGAGUACACAGACAAGCUAUUGAAGCUACAAUGACAGAGAUCCGUUGGCUCUUGGAUGAUGAAAUUGUGUCAGCACUGCGCCAUUCACGUCCAGUUACUGUUGAUACCUUGAACCGUGUGUCUGCCCAUGUCUACAGUUCUCAAGGCCGCCCUAGCUGCCACUGCGAGGCUGUUCCUUUGCAGUUCGUGUUUGGUCCUGAGAACUCACUAGAAAGGUUUCGUGAGGAGUUCCAGAGAAUGACCAUACCUGGCUACGUGCUCAAUACUGAGGGGAAUGAUUUCUACUAUGUUUCUAUCAGCCGCCUACAUGGCCCAGUAGGGGGGCCCAGUCCUUCAGUAACACUUGAGAGUACCCUGACAGAAGGAAGGUGUGAAAGCAGCAGCAAAACAGAAGGAUCCUUGACCUGUUCUCUUCCCUCUGAGGAGGCCCAUGGUCUCUGGGCAUGGCCAGCAAGUGAGACCAAGGCUGGGGUGGAAGCUGCUGAAUGUCUUAGCAUAAGUAGCUCUUUGCAUGGUGAGGUCUCAAGUGAUGUUCCACAGCUAAAUCAAGGCAGUACUCCAGACCGUGCCUCUCUGGAUGAAGAGCCAUCUUUGACCCAGACACAACCUCUGUCUUCCUUCUCUGAUAAAUGGAAUAGUAAUAAGUCUCCCUCAGGAACACCAUCUGUAUCAAGUCUGGCUGAUUCUGUGGUUCCUGGGAAAGAAGGCUGUGGAAAGCAAUACCCCAGUCGGGUUCAAAGCCUGGUGUCAAGCCAGGGUAGUAUGGAUUCUGAUCUCCUAGGCUAUGAUGGUGGCAGCAGCGAUUCUGAAUGUGAAGAUGUAGUGAUGAGUGACUUGGAACCCAGAUGCCCCCUCAUGCCUGACUUCUGGCUGAUCGUAAAGAUCCACCAGGACCGGGUGGAAAUCUAUUCACACACUCGUAGCAGCACAAGUGCAGUGAAAGCAACACAGAAUGAGGAAGGGGAAUGUAAGCGUCUUCACCAUACUGUGGUGAAGAAGGUUGGUGAAAUCUGCCGCAUUGUAAACCAGCGGCUGCUGCUACAAGAUCUGCACGACAGCCAUAUUUGCAAUUCUCUGCUGGUUGCUGAAAGCGAGGAGGAUAUCUGGAAAAGCGAAACCCCCUAUACCUAUCGGCAGCGCACUGGGACUGAUGAUUACCCUGGAGAGGAGAGCUACCAGCCCCGUGACUACCUUGCAGCCACAAUGCAGUUCAUGCCUGGACAUUUUGCUUGUGAUGCAGUCUGGAGCACCACUAUCCAUGUACAUUCACGACUCAAGAUGGGGCCCAAUAUGGGUGUUGCACGUGCCAUCCAAGCCCUGCGUUCUGUACUCAAUGCCUUCUCUAUUGUUAAUAGAAAGAAUAUGUUCGUUUAUCAGGAGCGUUCAACUAAGUCUGUUUUCUACUUGAGACUCUCUGAAACAACAUCAAGUGGAAAGUGUGGGGAAGGUGAAACCCAGAGUCUUGCAUGCCGUUCGCUGGCCCUUUCACGCAGCCAAGAACCCAUAUACAUCGAGGACCUGAACGCAUCUCGCUCAUCCCUGGACACUGCCUCUUGUCGCAGUGUUGAUUCCAGUCGUCCUCUAAGCCAGGUGGACAGACACAUCCAGCUAGUAGUUCAUGGAGUAGCUCCGGCAGGACCUGAGAUAACAGAUGAGCUCGUAAAAGUUCUACGUAGGCGCCUGGAUGAAGCCACCUUGGAUAUCAUCACAGUUAUGCUUGUGAGGACCUGUAAACUCACACCAGCUGAUGUAGAGUUCAUCCAGCCCCCUGGCAGGCCACCCACUGAAGUGCUGCAGUUUACUCUUCCCCCCUCCUGCCUACCGUGGCUCCCAGCUGUGGCUUGCUACCUACGCCAGAACCUGCUGAUCUUUCUACACACACCCAAGUACACAGACAGCAAUGUGGAGAACCACUUCAAGCAUUAUUUCCACCAGGGCAGUAGCAGCCCUGACCUGGAUCUUUACCUCUAUAACAAGCCUGGAGGCCAGGGCACUGGCGGCAAAGGUUCCAUGCUGGAUCUUGUGCAACACCUGUUUCCACCUUCCCAGUUUCAAGGUAUUGCAUGUAUUGCUCUUUCUUUUGUGGAUGACAGUGGAAAUCCCAUUUCCUUGGCUCGCUGGGUGAGGCCACCCACUGCACUGCUGAGCACAACAUUCCUUCAGGAGGCUGACUUUGAGAAUUUAACUGCUGUUAGCAAGUACCUACCUGAGCCUGGCACUUCACAGCCAGCCCUCUGUCCUCUGGUGCGCCUGGACAUCUGGGAAAAGGGUAACAUCAGCUUGUUGCAGCUAUCCGAGAGGCUGCGCAGUGCCUUGCGUCAUGCACUCUGUGAUGCCCUCAUGGAAUUCCGUGUGCUGCCCAAUCCAUUGUGUGUUGAACUGUCCACUGAACUAGAGGAUCACGGGAGCAUUGGAAAUCUGCGGCGGACGAUGUCUGAAAGUAAAGGAACAAGUCGGUCUACUGGAAGUAGAGGAUGUCCACCCUCCUUGAAUUUUCCUGUGCCCACUGCAGGUGCUGGUGAGCCAGCUACGCCCACCAACAGAAUUGGGCGACGCAGCUUCUGGGACAUGCUGAGCAAACCAGAGAUGGUGGAGCAAGGAAGCCCCAAGACCACAGAUGACAUUGUGUUGGAGCGACCUGAAGAAAGUCGUACCCGCCGCCGCCACAAGACGGAAAAUGUGAAACAGCUUUCCAGCCAGGAGCGUGGUGAACAAGGACAGACCCAGAGACGUCGAGCCUGCCACCUAGAGGAAGGGGAUAUUGGAGUCCUGCACCCCAUUUUCAAUCAAACUUGUCAGUCCUGGAUGACAUUCAUGAACCGUUUGGGGUGUCCUUCAGUGCAACGCUGUGCCACGGAGAGUGUGUCUCGCUUCCUGCUCCCCUCCAUCAUGCUUGAAAUAGUGAACUUAGUCACCACUUUGGCAAAUGACACCUCUGUCAAAGUAUUUGAAAAAGUCAGCGGUCCUCAAGGCACAUCUUUUGUGCCAUACACGCUCAAACUAGGCUCCAGCGCUCAACCAGCUGUUAUCCGACACUUUACACUGCUGGGGCGUAGCUUCCACCAAUGGCGCUGCAGUACAGAACCAGCUCUCAAAGGUUUCCAGCGUUUUGAGGCCACAGAGCUUGGCUCUGCAGAGAAGGGUUCUGAUGUAGCACCCCGGCAAAGAUUCCUUUUCAUGGAAAUUGUGGACAAAAAGCUGGUGCUGUACACCUACAAUUGGUCCAUGGACCUGGGUAGUGCUUUGAGCAGCUCUCUUACUCGCUUGCUGCAGUGGCAAAAUGCCCGUGCCCAUGUGGUGUAUUGCCUACUCAGCCAGAAGCUUGGGCUUUUCCACCACUACUGCUACAUGGAUACUCCAUGGCAUGAAGACAGCAAACAGGAGCCAAAUCCCUUCCUGAAUUCCACUCUUGAGGUGGAUACCCUGAUCCGGAGCUCUGGUGUCCCCCCCAGCAAGGAGCAAGGCCGGCUCAGUGGUUCCACUCGCAUCAUGCAACCACUUCACUUCCCUCCUGACAUGGUGCCUUUUGAUGAGGCUCUUCGUGAUGUCUCGGUCAGUCGACCUGUCUUUCACAGCCCUGAGCUGAGUGCACUCGAUCAUGUGGCCCAGCAUGGAGCUCAGUUCCUAGAGAUUAAGAACAUAGAAAGAAAAGAGUUGGAGAAACAGAUGAAGAUCGAGAAUCUCUUUAUGACAUGGCAACAACGCUCUGCACAGUCCAACGUGCCAAUCAGUCUUGCAGAUUUGGAAACUUUGAAACAGUCAUCACGUUUGGUCCAUUACUGUGCUACACCUCUACUCUUCGAUCCCACUUUCCGGCAACAGAUUCAAGCUGAUCAACAAAGCAAGCCAGAGGGAAAGAAGCGGCAUCGUUCAAAUGAUUCCACGGCAUCAAGUAGAGACCGCAGCCAUAGCUGCGAUUCUGCAGAGGGACUGCCAUGUAGGACCAAAGAUGAAGCCUGGCUCCUGGAGUUAUGUCACACUUUCCUGCAGCAGUAUAUCCAGUACCUGCAAAGCAUGGGCUUUAUCCUGGUGCAGGUGCGCCCAGCCUCACCCACUCGGAGCAGCACAAGCCGGAUCAGAGCUCUGGCAGUGAUGGGCAGCGAGGGACGCGGGUCCUUCUCAUACACAAGACCAAAGGCUGAAGGGAGUCCAAAGAGCACCAGCCCUCCUGUCACCACAUACCAUUUGCAAAGAGCUCUGCCUGGGGGCAUAGUGCUGAUGGAGCUGGCUUUCCAAGGCUGCUAUUUCUGCGUAAAGCAAUAUGCGCUGGAGUGCUCAAGACUUCCCAUGGGCCAGACUGUCAACUCACAGAUGGACUUUUGGACUGAGCACGAGAAGAAAACCUCAGCUUUUAUUCGGCUCUCUAUGCUCUUCACAGAAGAGUGUGACAAAGUACGCGAUCUCAUGCAUGUGCACUCAUUCAGUUAUGACUUCCACCUGCGCAUUGUGCACCAGUACCUGCUUGGAUCCCACCUCGCGCUGCGGCAAGGUUAUCAUCUGACCAGCUUCCUGGAAGAUUUCAUUUCCCAGCAUCCUGACAUCCCCAAGUUUGGGCGUAACCACAUCUUCCAAGGUACAUUGGCCUUGCCUACCAAUACCAUCAUGGCACAUCAUCUGUACAAUUACAUAACUGACCAUGCUAGCACCUACCAUAUGAAGCCCUUACGCAUGGCCAGGCCAGGAACUGCCACUGAUGGCAAGAAGGGGACCCCUGGCCCAGAGCAGAAUGAAUAUGCUCUUGUCUCAAUCUGGAACAGCUCAGGUUCCUACAAGGAUUCAGAAGGGUUACGUCACCAUGAUGACUUUGAUGUGUCCAUGCUUGUAUGUCACAGCGCUCCACCGUUUGAGGACCAAAGUGAGGCAGACCGACUCAUGCUGAGGUUGCACUUCUACGUAAUCAUGACAAGUCAACGGGAGCUUUUUCCACGUCUCACCGCUGACAUGCGACGCUUCAAGAAGCUGCCUCGCCUACAACGGGAGACACUGGAGCCGGUUCUGGGGCGUGCGGCUUGGGAAACCGCAGAAGGGGGCUGGCAGCGCAGAGAGAUCACGGAGCCCUGGGAGGAAGUGGAGGACAGUGGCGAGUUCUAUGCAGGUGGCCCCCAGGUCAGGGUGGGCCCUGGACUCUUCUAUACAUCCCCGCUCUUCCCACUGCUUGCCUCGGAGGUGGCUGCUGCCCAGAAGCAGCUGACCAGCAUGGUGCAGCUUGCCAAGUGUCACUGCCGCCGAGACAACCUCUGGAAGCGUCUCUUCCUGCUUGAGCCCCUUGCCUCUGACAAACUGAAGCUGGGCAAACUCUCCAUUGGGGAGCUGGAAGAAUUGCUGGAUGCGGUGCACAAGAAAUCUAUCUCUGACAUCGACCCCCAGUUGAGCUGCUUCCUCACCAUGCCAGUCUCCUGGUACCAGAGUCUUAUCAAGGUGCUACUGAGUCGUUUCCCCCAGAGCUGCCGCCAUUUCCAGAAUGCUGAUGCUGGCACCCAAUACUUGGUCGUUUUGAACCAGAAAUUCACAGAUUGUUUUGUGCUUGUCUUCCUUGAUUCCCAUUCAGGAAAAACGAGUCUCACAGUGGUUUUUCGGGAGUCAUUUCCAGUACAGCCCCAGAACGAGAGCCCUUUGCCACAACUUGUAUCCACAUACCACCAUCUGGAAUCUGUAAUAAACACAGCUUGCUUCAACCUUUGGACAGGGCUACUAUAGCACUGGUUGGUUCUUCUCAUUGGAGCAUGCUGCAUGGACCCAGUUGCAGUAGUUGGCUGCAACAAACGAGAGACCACUUUGCAUGGCAGGAACAGUGGAUGAUACAAGGGUACAGCUGGCUGGAUAAGAAGUCAGGAUACUUUCAAGGAUUCUGUCUGUGCUGAAUUGACUCACAGAAGAAGCAGGUCUACUCUGAUGCACAGCAAGGGCAACCUGGAUGAAAGGCCAAGAGAGCCCUUCCCAAAGAAAGUAUCCAACAAGGCCUUUGGGUGGAUGUGCCCCUUUGGAAUUCAGUCCUGCAGGCUCCUGCAGGUGCAGACUGCCAGGCCUUUCAGAGUGACUCACUAAACAGGUUUUAGCAGGAGGGUAUUACACAAUGAUGAGAAUUUUUUCUAUGAAGUGAAUGUACAGUAAAUUAAAAAUAAUGGAUAAUUAUAACAAUAAAAUACUUUGUCACAGAUU